AUGAGUCACAAAGGCAUAACGCUUGGCAGUCGUACUUUUAUCAGUCCCAGUGCUCAUAAAAAAACGCUCUCUCUCUCUUUCCACCUCUCUCUUUCCACCUCUCUCUCUCUCUUUCCACCACUCUCUAUCACCUCGCUCUCUUUCCACCUCUCUCCUUCCCCCUUACUCUUUCCACCUCUCACUCUUUCCACCUAUCUCCUUCCGCCUAUCUCUCUUUCUACCUCUCUCCUUCCACCUCCCUCUCUUUCCACCUCCCUCUCUCUUUCCACCUUUCUCUCUUCCACCUCCCACUCUUUCCAGCUCUCUCCUUCCACCUAUCUCUCUUUCUACCUCUCUUCUUCCACCUCCCUCUCUCUUCCACAUCUCACUCUUUCCAGCUCUCUCCUUCCACCUCUCUCUCUUUCAACCGCUCUCUCUUUCCACCACUCUCUUUCCACCUCUCACUCUUUCAACCUCUCUCUUACACCUCUCUCUCUUUCCACCUCUCUGUCACCUCUUUCUCUUUCCACCUCUCUCUUUCAACUCCCUCUCUUUCCACCUCUCUCUUUCUACCUAUCUCUUUUUCCACCGCUCUCUUUUUCCACCUCUCUCUUUCUACCUAUCUCUUUUUCCACCGCUCUCUCUUUCCACCUCUCUCUUUCCACUUUUCUCUUUCCCCCUCUCGGUCUCUUUCCACUUCUCUGUCUUUUCUCUUCUCUCUUUUCACCUCUCUCUUUCUACACCUCUCUUUUCCCCUCUCUCUUUCCACUUCUCUGUCUUUCCCCCUCUCUCUUUCCACCUCUCCCUCUUUCCACCUCUCUCAUUGCACCUCUCUCUCUUUCAAACCUCCCUCUUCCACCUCGUACUUUCGACUUCUCUGUCUUUCCACCUCUCUCUUUCCACCGCUCUGUCUUUCCACAUCUCUCUUUCCACCUCUCUGUCUUUCCACCUCUUUCUUUCUACGCUUCUCUCUUUUCAUCUUUCUCUUACUUUCCACCUCUCUCUUUCCACCUCUAUCUUUUUCCACCUCUCUCUUUGCACCUCUCUCUCUUUCAAACCUCCUUCUUCCACCUCUCUCCUUCUACUAUCUCUGUCUUCCCACCUCUCUCUUUCCACCGCUCUUUCUUUCCACCUCUCUCUUUCCACAUCUCUCUUUCCACCUCUCUGUCUUUCCACCUCUUUCUUUCUACGCUUCUCUCUUUCCACUUCUCUGUCUUUCCACUUCUCUCUUUCCACCUCUCUCUUUCUAUUUCUCUCUCUUUCCACCGCACGCUUAACACUUCUCCGUCUUUCCCCCGCUUUCUUUCUACCUCUCUCUUUUCACCUCCUUCUUUCCACCUCUCCCUCUUUCCACCUCUCCCUCUUUCCUCUUCUCUGUAA